CUAACAGCAUUGAGCGAGAUGAGCCCAUUGAAGUGGAUCCAGCACCAAUUCCCCAAGGUUUGGAGAAUGGGCACUUAUCAUCAACAGAAAACUCUAUCGUGCCUUUGAGGAGAAACUCGCCACCCAAUGGUGUGUUACACGAACACUCAGCCCCUGUUCCCAUGGCAAUGCCACACCUGCCUAUCACAGCAACCACCAAAGUAGCUGACUCUACAGUUAUGAAGAGUCCUGAGUCGCCCAGUAGCCCAAUGCAAGCAACGCCUUCUGCCAUUACAGACUCACUGACAAACAGUCCACCGGUCACCAGUGAUAACCAGCCUCAACUAGAGUCUCCUGUUCAUGCAGUAUCAUCUGUGAAAACAUGGGCUCCGACUCCUGCCAGGACCAUGGGUUCUCCACGGCUUACUGAAAAAGCAUCUUCGGCUCCAGCCAAGUCAGUGACUUACUCUGGACUUUUCCCACACAAUACAGAUAGGAAUGUGGAUACGCCAGGUGAUUUAUCCUUCGGCAGAGGUAUUGAGCGAAGACGAGAACUUGUGAGGUCCCAGACUUUACCUCGAAAUAUAGGAGCCCAGGCACGAAGGUCUAUUUUUGAGAGGCUGGACUCUGAGAACAACAGUCGGCCCAAGCCAGUGGAUUCCAAACCAAAGCUGAAACGCUCUCAGAGCUUUGGCGUAUCCAGUGCUAGCAGUAUCAAGCAGAUUCUACUGGAAUGGUGUCGAUCCAAGACCAUUGGGUACCAGAACAUCGACAUUCAGAACUUUUCCUCCAGCUGGAGUGACGGCAUGGCGUUCUGUGCCCUCGUCCACUCUUUCUUCCCCACAGAGUUUGACUAUAAUGGUCUGACCCCUGCCGAGCGCAAACACAACUUUGAGCUGGCAUUCAGCACUGCAGAGAAGAAAGCUGGCUGUGAUAGGCUGAUUGAAGUGGAGGACAUGAUGGUGAUGGGCAGAAAGCCAGACCCCAUGUGUGUCUUUACUUACGUCCAGUCACUAUAUAACCACUUGCGCAAGUUCGAGUGAGGUCUCAGCCUCUGCACUACCCUCUGCUGGACAAAACUGAACUGUAGUUACUAAAGGUUUGGGUUGGAAUAUGUCCCAUGCCAGACAGACGCUUCUGCUGUUGCAUUUUAGUCAAGAAAAGGUCAUCGACUAUUUAUGCAGUCUUUGUGUGUGGCACGCUCUUUAUAGAAAUUGUGAGCCCUGGUUUAUUAAUAAAUAGCAUGAAGUUAAA